AUGGAACCAAAUUUUCUUGUAAUUAUUAACAUCAAACCAACCCUAUCAAACGUAAUAAAUUAUUAUCAUAAUUCUAAUUAUAAAAGGUUCGUUACAUCUACCACACCUAAAAAUAUUAAUGAUAAUGAUAAAAUAAAAAAUUUAUCCAAAGAAAUUGAUCAGAAUCAACCAAUAAUAGAUUCAGAAUAUAAUAGUUUACAACAAGAAUUAAUAAGAAGAUAUACAAAUGCUAUGAAUGAAAACAUUGAUAAGAAGAAUGUAUUAAAUACUUUUGAUGAUGAUUUUGUUAAAACCACUGGAUCCAUCAAAGUAAAUCUUGAUGAUCAUAAAAGCACAUUAACACCUUAUGAAUUAACACUUUCAACAUUAAUGUCAGCUAAUCUUCAUUUAGGACAUUCAAGCACUCUAUGGAAUCCAAUAAAUUCAUCAUUUAUUUAUGGGAUAAGACAUGGUAUAAACAUCAUAAAUCUAGACUAUACACUAAUUUAUUUACGUAGAGCAUGUAAAAUUGUUAAGGAAGUUAGUUAUCGUGGUGGUAUAAUUAUUUUUAUGGGAACACGUGGCGAUGAAUUUUCAAAAGCGACAAUCAAAGCAGCAAGAUUUUGUCAACAAUAUCAAAUCUCUAAACGUUGGAUACCUGGCACCCUGACAAAUACUCAACAAAUUUUAGGAAAAUUGAUUCAUAAAAAACCUGGGGAUUUCAUAUCAAAGGUUUUUAAACCUGAUUUGAUAAUUCUCUUGAAUCCAUUGGAAAAUUCUAUAGCAUUGGAAGAGACAAAAGUCUGUAAUAUCCCAACAAUUGGGAUUGUAGAUACUGAUUUUGAUCCUAGAAAAGUUACUUGGCCUAUACCAGCUAAUGAUGAUUCUGUUACUGGUAUAGAAUUGAUUUCUGGUGUUUUAAGUUAUGCUGCUGCCGAGGGUUUACUAAAAAGACAACAGAUGCUUAAAGCGUUGAAACAGAAAAUGGAAAAAAGCAAAUUAAAACCUAAUUUAAGAGCCAAUUUAUUAACAAAUGUAUUAUAA